AUGGAAAAUUCAGAAGACAAUGAUAUGGAAUAUAUAUUAAAAAAGUUACCAGAAUAUAAAAAUUUUAAUAAUUUUCAAGAAAAUGCUGUUACAAGCGAAAAUGAUAAAUACUGUGAAACACUGAAUAAUGAUGGAAGUAGCGAUACAGAAGUAAAAACACUUUGUAAAACGAUUGUAAGUUAUUUAAGUAAUAUUAAAAGUAAAAAGGUAGAAAUCAACAAUUAUGAUUUCUGUCCUUAUUUCACUUAUUGGAUAUAUAAAAAAAUAAAGGAAAAAUUCAAAACUGUGUGUAAAAAUAAUUUUGAAAAAUGUGAUAUAUAUAGGAUCUAUAAUAUAAUUCCUUAUGUUUACGAUAAUCUAAUGAAUAAAAGUUGUAUAUUUUAUUUCAAUGGUAAUUUUGAUGAAUGGAAAGAAGAAAUAUAUUUAAAUUAUUAUUUUAAAAUAUGUGACGGAAUUGAAAAAAAUAAACUUUGUGUUGGAAAAGAUAAAGAUAAAUGCUGCAAAUACUUUAAUUAUAUUGAAAAAAUAUAUGAAAAGCAUAUACGUAAAUGCUGUACAUAUUAUUAUUCAGGAAAUAAUUCUAAUGAUUGUACAACGUAUAUUAAAUGUGAAGAAAAGUAUAACCCGUAUAAUCUCUUAACUAAGUUAAGUUGCAGUCAUAGUUUGCCUUAUGAUUAUCCAAAAGUACUACGAGAAAAUUUAAUUAUUGACCGCGACGUUAUAAUCCAAACAAUGAAUUCAUUUAAAAUGACCAUUAACGAUUUAAUAAAUGAUCCUUUCUACAAAGGAAUAACAUUUGGAUUUAUGGUCAUAGGAGUACUUUUCACUUUAUUCUUAUUUUAUAAAGUUUCUCGCUGCGUAAAAAGUAAAAAUAAAGACAAGUUUGUGGAUUCAACAGGGUACUUAGAAGGAUUUUAUGAUGGAAAAGAUAGAAAUAUAAAUUGUGAAGAUAGGAAAAUAUGUGUGUCUUAUUAUUCUAUAUGA